CCUGGCGCACGCUGCGCUGCUUCUUCUUCCUCCUCUUCCGGCGCCGCUGGGUGGUGCUCUCCUCCUCCUCCUCGGCCUCCCUCACGAGAAGCGGAACCCAAAAGCAGCCGAAGCCACGCACGGCGACGGCGACGGCGACGGCGACGGCGACGGCGACGGCGCGGCGUGCUACAUGGUGGUGCUUUUAGAUUACCUGUACUAGUUUGCCUCUUGCUAUAUCUCCAAAAUGGUGAAGCUGACAAUGAUAGCACGUGUCACUGAUGGCCUUCCACUGUCGGAGGGACUAGAUGAUGGUCGGGAUCUGAAGGAUGCUGAUUUCUACAAGCAGCAAGCAAAACAAUUGUUCAAAAACUUGUCAAAAGGGCAGCACGAAGCAUCGAGGAUGUCAAUCGAGACUGGACCAUACCUUUUCCACUACAUCAUUGAAGGCCGUGUGUGCUAUUUGACACUGUGUGACCGUUCUUAUCCCAAGAAACUUGCAUUCCAGUAUCUCGAAGACCUCAAAAAUGAAUUUGAGAGGGUCAAUGGCAGCCAAAUUGAAACUGCUGCAAGGCCAUAUGCAUUUAUUAAAUUUGAUGCAUUCAUACAGAAGACCAAGAAACUGUAUUUGGAUACCAGAACACAAAGGAACCUUGCCAAGCUUAAUGAUGAGCUCUACGAGGUGCACCAGAUUAUGACUCGCAAUGUUCAAGAAGUUCUUGGUGUCGGUGAAAAACUAGACCAGGUGAGCGAAAUGUCCAGUAGGUUGACCUCUGAUACUAGAAUCUAUGCAGAGAAGGCGAAAGAUCUCAAUCGCCAGGCCUUAAUUCGUAAGUAUGCCCCUGUUGCCAUUGUGAUUGGGAUAGUACUGAUGCUCUUUUGGGUGAAGAACAAGAUAUGGUGACUUGUGGUGUAUCUCGGACCUCCUGAGUUACAAUGCUGGAGCCUGGUGCACCGUCAUCUGCAUGCAACCACCAUAUGUUGAUUCUGGCUCAACAGAUGCUUCGAUGGCUUAUCCCGCAUCUGCCGAUUCAAGCGAGUACUGUAGCUACCAAAAGCGAUCCCGUUGUAGUAUACUACACUAGAUAUGGACCUGGUCUUAAUGUUGAAUUCUCGGAACUGGCGCGUUCCUAUUAACCGGAUCUGCGUAGUAGUGUAUUUCUGUGAGCGCACCAUAUACAAGGUCUGAGGCUGCUGAACUGGGGGACGAGUGCUAUUUCACUUGCCAUACUGUAUGCAAAACUAAACAUGUUCCAAUCUGGUGGUGGAGCCUAGAGAGGCAGGUCAUUUCCUUUUAUUACGGAUCCCUUGAAUGUAGUGUAAUGAAAUGUUGUUGUGUGGAGUUCACAUGAUUGGCAGGCUGGAAAUCGACAAGGCCCUUUUGAGUU